AUGGCUUCCCUUGGCUUGAUCCUUUGUCUUUCUUCGGUUCUUCUCAUGAGCCUUUGUCAGAUACCCACAGCUAUUGAGGAUGAAAGAAAGGUGUAUAUUGCUUACAUGGGAGCUCUUCCUUCAAAAGCAUCUUACUCUCCUAUGUCUCACCAUCAGAAUAUCCUUCAAGAAGUUAUCGAAUCGAGUUCCGUAGAAGAAUCUUUGGUCAGAAGCUACGGGAGAAGUUUCAAUGGUUUUGCCGCCAAACUCACUGAAUCUGAAAGAGACAAGCUUGCUAGCAUGGAAGGUGUGGUUUCGGUUUUCCCAAACACCGUUUAUAAGCUUCUUACUACAAGAUCUUACGAGUUCAUGGGACUUGGUGGCAACAGCAAGCAAGCUCCUGAGAUCGAGACCAAUACAAUAGUUGGUGUAAUCGACGGGGGAAUCUGGCCUGAAUCCAAGAGCUUUUCAGACGAAGGAAUUGGUCCAAUACCAAAAAAAUGGAAAGGAACUUGUGCAGGAGGAAAGAACUUCACCUGCAACAAGAAGGUGAUUGGCGCACGACACUACGUGCAGGACUCAGCGAGGGACAAUGACUCUCACGGGUCACAUACGGCUUCAACUGCGGCUGGAAACAAAGUAAAAGGAGUGAGUGUGAAUGGCGUGGCAGAAGGAACUGCAAGAGGUGGUGUGCCUUUAGGUAGACUUGCUAUUUACAGAGUUUGUGAGCCAGCAGGUUGCAACGCCGAGGGCAUGAUGGCUGCGUUUGACGAUGCUAUAGCCGAUGGUGUCGAUGUUAUAACCAUUUCCAUUGGAGGAGGUGUAACUAAAGUCGAUGUUGACCCUAUCGCUAUUGGAUCUUUUCACGCGAUGGCCAAAGGGAUUGUUACCACAGCUGCUGUCGGGAACGAUGGCUCUAAACCUGGAAAAGCGGCUAACCUUGCACCGUGGAUCAUAUCCGUGGCUGCGGGUUCAACUGAUCGGAAAUUUGUUACUAAUGUGGUUAAUGGAGAUGGCAAGACCAUACCUGGAAGAUCGAUCAAUGACUUUGACUUAAAAGGUAAGAAGUAUCCUUUGGCCUACGGAAAAACUGCUUCAAACAAUUGUACAGAAGAGCUAGCAAGGGGAUGCGAUAGCGGUUGCCUGAACACGGUGAAGGGAAAGAUUGUUGUGUGUGAUGUUCCAGAUAAUACUAUGGAACCUAAAGCAGCGGGCGCGGUUGGAGUCAUCCUUCAUGUAACUGAUGUUGAUUCUCCUGGUCUUGGUCCGCUUCCGGUCGCAACCUUAGAUGAUACCAAUUAUGAAGCAUUCAGAUCUUACGUUCUCUCUUCACCAAACCCACAAGGAACUAUACUGAAGAGUGAGACAGUUAAAGACAACGAUGCUCCGAUCGUUGCUUCCUUCUCUUCUCGUGGUCCAAACACUCUCUUUAGCGAUAUCAUGAAGCCUGAUAUAACAGCUCCAGGAGUGAAUAUAUUAGCAGCAUAUUCACCUGUGGCUCAAACCGCACUUCCUGGACAAAGCGUGGAUUACUAUUUCAUGACCGGAACAUCUAUGGCUUGCCCUCAUGUCGCAGGUGUAGCGGCUUAUGUCAAGACAUUCCAUCCUGAUUGGUCUGUUCCUGCCAUCAAAUCUGCUAUCAUGACUACUGCUUGGGCAAUGAAUGCUUCCAAAACCACAGAAGCUGAGUUUGCAUAUGGAUCAGGAUACGUUAACCCUACGGUAGCAGUUGAUCCAGGGCUUGUUUACGACAUAGCCAAAGAGGAUUACUUAAACAUGCUAUGCUCUUUGGACUACUCAUCCAAAGGCAUUAGUACUCUCGCUGGAGGAGCCUUUACUUGUUCCGAAAAAUCAAAGCUUAACAUGAGAAACCUCAACUAUCCUUCAAUGACAGCUAAAGUUUCAGCCUCAUCAUCUUCAGAUAUUACAUUUUCAAGAACAGUCACCAACGUUGGGACAAAAGGAUCCACUUACAAGGCAAAGUUGUCUGGUGAUCCUAAACUCAGCAUCAAGGUUGAGCCAGAGACCCUCUCUUUCAAGUCGUCAGGGGAGAAGAAGUCUUUCACUGUUACAGUCCCUGGCAAGAGUCUUGCUGGUAUAUCUGGUAUUGUGUCUGCGUCUCUAGUUUGGUCGGAUGGAUCAUACAAUGUGAGAAGUCCUAUUGUUGUGUAUACUUAGGCUGGCAUAAACCCAAAACUCGAAAA